CCGCCGCGUUUAUGGCCACGUUAAGCCUGAGUGCCGCGUUGAGUUGUUGAAUGAAGUGAACUUCGUUUGUCAGCGAUAGGUACACAGUCUAGGCAGCGCCCUUCCUGGAUCUCUCUUCCUUUCAGCUCUUCACUCCGCAUCCCUCCAUCGGAGGAGCUUUGCGGUCUUUGGAGAGUUAUGCAGGGUUCAUGAACUGGAAUGUAAGAGGCACCAGAGGAUUCCUGCUCUGUCCCCUGGUUUGCGGCUUUCGACGUUGGACAUCCCCGGAUUGUUGUUUAAUAGAGAAAAGUCACCUGCCUUCUUGCUAUUAAGUAACCCCAAAAGCAGAACUUUGAUUUGUCUGUAAGGAAGAAACACAAAUCUUCUUUUAAAAAGCUGCACUUCGACUCUCCACCGCCAACCCCCAAUCCCUUUAAUUUUGCUUAUAGAAGAGGGUUUUUUCCCAACAUUUUUCUCACUAUCUGGUGCUGAUCUCACUGCAUAAUGACUUUCUAUUUGUUUGGUAUUCGAAGCUUUCCUAAGCUUUGGAAGAGCAACUCAUACCUUGGGCUAGGCCCAGGGCACUCUUGUGUCUCUCUCUUUCUUUCAGACAGCUGUGGCAUCAGGAACCAACAGAGGUUGUUUUCUCUUAAAACAAUGUCUCCACAGAAUACCAAAGCAACGAAUCUGAUUGCCAAGGCCAGAUAUCUCAGGAAAGAGGAGGGCAGUAAUAAGCAAGUUUCUUCUGUUCCUCAUUUUUUUUCAGCUGGAGCAGCUAAGAAGAGAUCACAGAUGAAUCCUGAAAGUAAAGAUCAUGCCUUGCCACCUGUGAGGAACACUAUUCAACUCCCAACACAACCUUUGAAUUCAGAGGAGUGGGAUAAACUUAAGGCAGAUUUCAAAGGAAAGACCAGUUUUGAAAGAUGGAUCAUUUCACAGAUGGCUAACUGUCAUAGCUCUGUAGAUGUGGCUAAAUCUCUGCUGGCAUGGGUAGCAGCAAAAAAUAAUGGUAUAGUAAGUUAUGAUUUACUGGUCAGAUAUUUGUAUCUCUGUGUCUUUCAUAUGCAGACAUCUGAAGUUAUUGAUGUCUUUGAAAUUAUGAAAACCAGAUAUAAGACUUUAGAACCUGGAGGUUACAGUCUUCUCAUCCGGGGAUUGAUCCAUUCAGACAGAUGGAGAGAAUCAUUGUUGCUGUUAGAGGACAUCAAAAAAGUUAUGACUCCUUCUAAAAAGAACUAUAAUGACUGUAUCCAGGGAGCUCUCUUUCAUCAAGAUGUAAACACAGCUUGGAAUUUGUAUCAGGAAUUGCUAGGUCAUGAUAUUGUUCCUAUGUUGGAAACUUUAAAAGCUUUCUUUGAUUUUGGAAAAGACAUAAAGGAUGAUAAUUAUUCAAAUAAACUACUAGAUAUUCUUUCAUAUCUAAGAAAUAAUCAGCUGUAUCCAGGGGAAUCAUUUGCACACAGUAUAAAAACAUGGUUUGAGAGUGUUCCUGGAAAACAAUGGAAAGGACAAUUCACCACAGUCCAAAAAAGUGGCCAGUGUUUGGGCUGUGGAAAAACCAUAGAGUCUAUUCAGCUGAGUCCAGAAGAAUAUGAAUUUCUUAAGGGAAGAAUCAUGAGGGAUGUGAUAGAUGGAGGUGACCAGUACAAAAAGACAACGCCUCAGGAACUUAAGAGAUUUGAGAACUUCGUAAAAUCUUGUCCUCCUUUUGAUAUUGUCAUUGAUGGCCUCAAUGUUGCCAAAAUGUUUCCUAAAGCUCGUGAAUCUCAAGUUCUCUUGAAUGUCAUCUCUCAACUAGCCAAACAGAAUCUGCGACUGCUGGUCCUAGGCCGGAAGCACAUGUUAAAACAGAGUUUCCGGUGGAGAAAGGAUGAGAUGGCAGAGGUGCAAAAGCAAGCCAGCUGUUUUUUCGCUGAUAACAUCUCAAAGGAUGAUCCAUUCCUUCUGUAUGCCACACUGCACUCCGGGAAUCACUGCAGGUUUAUCACAAAAGACCUGAUGCGGGACCACAAGGCCUGUCUGCCUGAUCCCAAAACCCAACGCUUGUUUUUUAAGUGGCAGCAGGGACAUCAGCUGGCAAUUAUAAAUGGGUUUCCAGGAUCAAAACUGACCUUUCAGCAUAUUCUCAGCUAUGACACAGUGGUGCAAACAACUGGAGACUCGUGGCACAUACCAUAUGAUGAAGACCUGGUAGAAAGAUAUUCCUAUGAAGUACCAAUCAAAUGGCUUUGCCUCCACCAAAAGACAUAGAGACUCUUACCUCUACGCUAAGUUUGUGUUUGAGUACCCUCUGGGUUGGCAUCAGAGGCUCUUGAGUUGGUGUUUGUUGAGAGCAUUGCCUCUAUCCUGAGGAUAAAAUGAUUCUAUUAACAGUGUUGACAUUGAUUUUUUAAUGAAAUGAGAUAAAAUAUCUUUUCAUAGCCAGCUGCAUUUUUUUCCCCUAACAUUUGUUUUUGGAGGCUUAUCAAGAGUUGGAGAACUCAGUGUAGAGCAAAACCUACAUUUCUCCUACUGGGCCAGCUAUUCCACUUAGCUUGGGUGACAAGUAGUGCUUUUGUUAUCCAUUUUUUGCUACUUCUGACCUUGCCUUCCAGGCCUACCAAUAGCAGAACCAAUCCAUCUGUCCCUGAGAUACUCAUGUUGUUUCAAAUCCCUUCUCCCUCUUUGGACAUAGUCUCAUUCUCUGUAUGUUAUGCCCUAUCCACAUGGAAUCAUUUUAUCGUCCUCUGUAAUAAACUGGCCAAGAUACUAAAAGCUUACUAUUAA